AUGGAAGGAGAAUUUCUGAAGAGAAGAAUACUGGUUAGCAAUGAGUCCUUAGUGACUGAAUUUCUUCUUGCUGGCCUAACAGACCGUCCAGAGCUCCAGCAACCCCUCUUCUUCCUGUUUCUGGUGAUCUACAUUGUCACCAUGGUGGGCAACGUUGGCUUGGUCACUCUUGUUAGUCUAAAUUCUUACCUCCAUACCCCCAUGUACUACUUCCUCUUCAACCUGUCCUUCAUUGAUGUCUGUUACUCUUCCGCUGUCACCCCCAAGAUGCUGAUGAACUUUGUAUCAAGGGAGAAUAUCAUCUCCUAUGUUGGCUGCAUGACUCAGCUGUUUUUCUUUCUCUUUUUUGUCAUCUCGGAAUGCUAUAUGUUGACCUCAAUGGCCUACGAUCGCUACGUGGCCAUCUGUAAUCCGUUGCUGUAUAAGGUAACCAUGUCCCAUCAGGUGUGUGCCUUGCUGACUGUUGCUGCAUAUAUGAUGGGGUUUGCUGGAGCCUCUGCCCACACAGGGUGCAUGCUCAGACUAACCUUCUGCAGUGUCAAUGUCAUCAACCAUUACCUGUGUGAUAUUCUUCCUCUCCUCCAACUGUCUUGCAGCAGCACCUAUGUCAACGAGGUAGUAGUUCUGAUAGUCGUGGGAAUUAAUAUCACAGUACCCAGUUUUACUAUCCUAAUUUCUUACGUCUUUAUCCUCACUAGCAUUCUUCAUAUCAGAUCUGCUCAAGGACGAUCGAAAGCCUUCAGUACCUGUAGUUCUCACAUCAUUGCUAUUUCUCUUUUCUUUGGCUCGGCAGCAUUCAUGUAUCUUAAAUAUUCUUCUCCGGGGUCUAUGGACGUGGGAAAAAUUUCUUCAGUUUUCUACACUAAUGUGGUGCCCAUGCUUAAUCCCUUAAUCUACAGUUUGAGAAACAAGGAUAUGAAAGUUACAUUGUGGAAAGCACUGUUUAAAAUCCAAAGGAGAAACAUGUUCUGA